AUGUCAAUCAACGUUUCAAAUGCAGUUAGCUGGGCAAGAGAUAUAGCACCCUCCCAUUACAUGUUGGAGAUUGAAUCAUUCUCCAGUCUUACUAAGAUGCUCACAGAAAAUGGAACCCAGUUUUUCAAGUCCAAAAUCUUUGAAGCUAGUGGUUACAAAUGGACAUUUUCUUUAUAUCCCAAUGGUGAUGGUGAUGGCAAGGGACACAUCUCUGUUUCCCUGUGUAUUGAAGACACAGAUGCAUUGCCUUUGAGUUGGGAGAUAUACACAGAUUUGAAAUUUUUAAUAUUCGAUCAUAAGCGUGACAAAUACUCAAUCUUUCAAGGUGGUGUAGUUAACAGGUUUCAUAGAUUAAAACCAGAGUGUGGCAUCGCGAAAUUGGUCCCUCGUGAUGUGUUUGAUGAUGCUACAAAUGGUUAUCUUGUUACUAACAAAUGUGUUUUUGGAGUUGAGGUUCUCGUGCUUGAUUCUAAGUUUACCCGAGAAUGUUUGAGCCCAGCCGUGAAAGUUGAUAAAACCUUCACUUGGAAAGUAUUAGAGUACAGUAAAUUAAACAGUCAAGCUCGUUAUUCCGAUAAAUUUACUGCAGGCUCCCUCAUAUGGAAGUUGAGACUGGACCCCCUUGGAGAUAGCAAAUCCUAUGGGGAAAACCUUGCUGUGUAUUUGAUGUUGGAUCCACAAAAUAUCUGUUCUCGAAUGUUGGUAUAUUUCAUGCUACGGAUAAGAAAUCAGAAGUCUGGAAAACAUAAAGAGAUGCAACUUUGUAGAUGCUUUGCUCCUGGACCUCUGGGCUGGGGCAGUUCCGUUUUUAUGUCGCUAACUGAGCUCCGGGAUUCAUCUAAGGGAUUCCUAGUUAACGAUUGUAUUAUCAUUGAAGCACUUAUCAACAAUGUGGCCACCGUCACCAGCUAA